AUGCGUCAACUUACUCCUGAUUCUGCUAUUCCUGGUUUUGUUGCAUUUCGACUUGUCAGAGGUGAAGCAAUAAAUGUUUUGCCGGAUUCUUUAGCGAAUUCAAAUAUUUCUAUGGAUUUAUUUCAUGUCACCAUUGAUACAGGUUUGUUAAUGACGCUAGUCAGACUAGAUCGAGAAAGACAUGGGGAAUUUCAUCGUCUUGUUGUUGAAGUUAUCGGUACUGGUGGUGGUAUACGGAAUAUGUUCUACGAUCGUUUAACUAUUCAAGUACGAAUUCUUGAUUUAAAUGAUAACCCACCGAAAAUUAUUGGUCCUAGUCGUAUGAUCGACGAUAAUUUAGUGACUACUUGUGAUCCAGGUUAUAUUGGUCCAAUUGCUUUGAAAGCGAUCGAUUUCGAUGUGGGUAUAAACGCAAAACUUGUUUAUAGACUUGUUGGCCCGCAGUCGGGCAGUAAUCAUCAGUUAUUUGUUAUCGAUAAUUCAACUGGAGUAUUACGUUUAUCGGAUCAUGCAUCAUUAUUGGAUCGGGAGAUGAAAGCACGCUAUGAUUUUAUGAUUGAAGUUAGUGAUUCUGGUAAACCGUCGCUUACUGCUGAUCAUUUAAUAAGAAUUAGUGUUGAAGUGACAGAUGUAAAUGAUAGUCCACCGAUUUUUACAGAUCCUUACUACCUACAGUCUACACUACUUCUCCCGACUUAUCCAAAUGAAUUAGUUCUACAAAUUAAAGCAGAAGAUCCUGAUUUGAAUGACUCGGUUCAUUAUUAUCUUGUCGGUGGUGAUGGUGUUGAACACUUCACUCUGGAUGAAAAUACUGGCCUUUUACAUGUUGCACCAAAUUCGAGUCUUUCAGAGAUCAUCAUCAACACACCUACAUCUUUUCUGUCAAGAGAUCAAACUUUUUUCCUACACAUUGAAGCUUGGGAUAGUCAUAAACUGAUUGCGCAUAUCAGUCGUUCAAAUGUCACUAUUUAUGUGCGUAGUGUACAUCCUAUGCGUGAAUCCAAACCGCUUAUUCUUGAUCCUGUGGAUGGUUUACAUGUUGAGGUUAAAGAGCAUUAUGUUGGUUCAGAUGGAUAUGUUGUUUAUGUCCCAGAAGAUAUUCCUGAAGGUGCUUAUAUAACAACAUUGUUGGCUACUGAUAGAGAUGAAGGCAGGAAUGCAUUUAUCAGGUAUAGUUUAUUUGGGAAACAAGAGAGUAGUGCGACAUUUAUCAUACUGACCAGCUUACUGGUGUUGUACGUUUAG